UAUUAAAUGACUAAAAUGCGACAUAAAGAUAAAAAUACUCGCAACCCAGCAGUUCCAAUAGCUUCGUCAGUUUCAUUCAGAAUUUCUCCUUCUCUUUGUAUCGCUCCGACGGAAAUGCAUCCCACUAAUAAAAUGACACACAACUACACAUCGGCAUUGAUGAUUUAGCAACAAAAACAAAAAAUCCAACCUAUUCCCGACAACCAUUUUGCCACUCAGAAAAGAUGGCCGUCCAAGAAACACGGGUUUUGCUCUUAUUUUUACCGUAGAAAAUGUGAUUGGUUUAAUGUAACGAGUGUCAAACCAGUGUUUAUCAAGUAUAUCAAACAAUCAAAAAAAGUGAAUAUAUUAUCGAAGCAGUUGAAUCCAAUUGAAAAAUUAAUCGAAAUAUCUGUCGCGUGUGACAUUUAACCUCAAAGUCUAUUAACUUUUGUGUAUAAAAAAAAUCCGGUGGGCAUCAUGAUGGACGAGAGGAGAGUAGCGGAUUAUUUUGUUGUUGCUGGUUUACCUGGUGAAAAUAAUGAGAGUGAUAAAGAGAAUGAAUUAGCUGAUAAACUUGAGGAUUGGUGUCAGGAGGGAACACACCUUAAGGACAUGCAUAUGCAGGCACCCAUCACGGAUUUGGCAGUGAUAUUUACAUCAUUGGGAGAGAAGUGUCCUGAUGGCUUUACUUGCUUGGAAAAGACCGUUUCUGGAUUACCAGCUGAUCUUAAUCAUGGCAGUUUGAGGAAUAAUGAGUGUUACUUGUGUUAUCGGCGGGGGAGGGACAAACCACCUCUUGUUGACAUCGGUGUAAUUUACGAGGGUAAAGAACGCAUAAUGACAGACGCAAAAAUGAUCGAAAAAACCCCUUCAGGUCACGUAGCAAAUAUAAAUAAUUCAACUUCGAAAAUAUUCGUAACGUACAGACGUGCAAGUCGCAAGAUGCCAUGUAACUCGUUAGUAGUCACCGAUAUCUGUGUGAUAUUGACAAACAAAGGUGAAACAGCACCUCAAGCCUUCUGUACUAUAAACAAAAAUUUGAACAAAGGGAUGUUGGGUAGCGACGUUUUCCUUUGCUACAAAAAAUCAAUGGAUCGAGCCAAUCUCAUUUCCUUCAAGCCAGCAAUACUCUACAAGUACCCCAUCACUGAUUACAAUAGCUUUGCAUUCCCCAAUUCUGUGGCAAUGUUUUGUUUGCCCAUGGGUGCAACCAUCGAGUGUUGGCCAAAAGUCGCCUACAAACCGAAGCCAGUUUUCUCUACCUUUGUUCUAACGGUUGCCGAUGCGGCGCAGAAAAUCUAUGGUUCUGCAAUCACCUUCUACGAGGAGGUAGUGCCAGAUUUCAACAAUUUAAAUAAUGCAGAGCCCCUUGAAAUCCUAGAUAAAUCUGACAAACCAGAUGGUGAUAAUAUUACAGAGAACAAGCCUCAAGUGAAGAUGAAGAUUUUCCGAAAAUUUGGGGUUUUGAAAAGAUUAAAUUUAGCACAAUUGGAGAAGCUUCAGUAUACAGACCCUGAGACUCAAUCAUUGAAUAUCAGCAAAUCAAUUUGCAUUCUUUCUCACUGGCCAUUUUUCGAUACUUUCGAAAAAUUUCUUGGAUUUCUUCUCAGUCUGACAGAUGGCCAAGCCCAAAGUGUACCUAUCGAAAAAUACAUCUCAUACUUUCUCUGUGACAUACCAUUUCCAAGCCCCCAGAGGCCUAGAAUUUUCGUUCAACUCAGCAGCGUAGAUAGACUUAUUUUAACACAACCGGAGGACCUGGCUCUGCCUAGAUCUGGCGCUAGUUUUCGUCAAUUACUAAUGAACCUUGGUCCUGACAAUUGUAUGCUAAUACUGCUGCUGAUAUUGACUGAACAAAAGAUACUUGUUCAUUCACUGAGACCAGAUGUUUUGACAUCAGUGAGUGAGGCCAUUGCAAUGAUACUAUUUCCAUUUAAGUGGCAGUGUCCGUACAUACCCCUCUGCCCACUUGGUUUAGCCGAGGUACUUCAUGCACCGUUGCCAUUCCUCAUUGGGGUUGAUUCACGUUUUUUCGAUUUGUACGAUCCACCGUCCGAUGUUAAUUGUGUAAAUUUAGACACUAACAAUGUUGUACUGUGUGAGGAUAAAAAACACUUGAGUAUUAAAUUGCUACCGAAGAAGCCUGGUAGAAUAUUGAGGGGUGAUUUAGAAAAAAGUUACGCUAAAUUGAAUUCAUUGGCUAAAACGCAGUCGUCUCAGCGAGAAAAUACGAAUGAGGAUUUUAGUGUAGACAAAGAGUUUCAGCAGAAGAGGAAAGAGCAGGGACUUGAGCUCGAAAUACAGAAUAGUUUUUUAAGAUUUAUGGCGAUGAUUUUGAAUGGAUAUCGAAGUUACCUGUUACCAAUAACGAAAGCACCGACUGUUGGAUCCACUGACCCCACUAGUCUCUUCAACAUUCAAGCAUUUCUCAGAAGUCGUGACAAGGCACAUGCCAAGUUUUACAGCAUGCUUGUGAGAACACAGAUGUUCAUAAGAUUCAUCGAGGAAAGUAGCUUUGUUUCUGAUAUGGAUAUGGCAGGGUUAGCGUUCUUCGAUGAAUGCACCGAGAGAAUUGACGAGGAGAACGUGACCUUUUUGGAGCUCGAUGAAUCUCAGCACAGUGAGAGAACUGUAUUCAUACCACCACCUGAUCCAGGCCCUAAUCAGGAACCCAUCGUUUACAAAAAAUUUCAAUUGAAUUCCAAUCUGAUGAGGCCACAGAAGAAUCUCAACUUGAAAAAUCCAGCUUUGAGCUCUUUUGGUAUAACACCCGGAAGUCCAAUGGCACGUCGAACAAAACACGAGAUCAAAGUCGCCCAGAAAAUGGCUUGUAAACAGGCUGGUCUGCCGGAGAGAUGGGGCAGAUGUCUUUUAGGAACUUGCUACAGUCUGUGGUUUUUACAUUUACCAGGAAUGCUUCAGGUUUCCAGCCAACCCGCUGCCAUUCUCCAUCAGGCUUACGAGUUACUGGUUAAAAUGCAGAAGCUUAGGUGGGAUCCAAUGGAAGAGGUUUGCUACAGAGCAAUGAUGCAGCUAUGCGGUGUUUAUGGACAGCCAGUGUUGGCAGUUAAAUUGCUCUUCCACAUGAAACGCAGCGGCGUACAGCCAAAUGCCCUCACUUAUGGAUUUUACAAUAAAGCUGUCCUUGAAGCCACGUGGCCUUCGGACAUGACUAACUCCAGCCAGUUAAUGUGGAAUAAACUACGCAAUGUUAUCGUGGGCGCCGCCCUCUUCAAGAGGGCAGGGAAGAAAAGUGCCAGGAGAAGAUUAAGCCUGAAUCCCGAAGUAUUCGGUAUCGAUGGCCUUAAGUGCCAGGAGAUGGAACACUUGGCCACGUCCAGAUCUAGUCUCGAUAGUACACACUCGCACGAUCAAGAAGCCCUGAAUAAUGAUUCAUCAUUGAAAGGCAGCUCAGUGCCAGACCUACCAAAUUUCGGAAUACUCGAAAUGAGAAAUAAAUUCCGACGCCAAGAUAGUAUCGUUAAAGGAUCUGGAAUGCUAAGUACAUCACAGCCUGAGGCGUUAGAUGAUUCACCAACAGAUCCUAGAUCAACACGAAGUCCUGAAUCUCCUCUUAAGAGUCCUGUUCGCACUCCAGUUACUGAGAAUGAUCCACUGGGGGCAUUGAUGAACGACGAGACCCCCAUCGUAUCCCCCUCCGAAGAAAAUGAUUCCAAUUGUUCAACGAGUACACUAACUGUCGUUAAUAAUACAAUCGGUGAAAGACAUGGUGGACCCCUUCUUUUUCGGAGCAAUACAAUGCAGAGAAGUGCGACAUUUCAUCAAGCUGUUGAUGAAUCUCCAGCUGUAGUCAGUAGUCAGCUGCAGAGAAGUGAAACAAUGCCCCAUUCUGUUGCGCAACAAGGUGAACAGGAGAGAGAACGAGACAGAUUGGAAAUUAGCAGCCUCUGGUCCAACAAAGACAGUGUUACUUCUAGUUUAUCGAGUUUGGGCUCUAGCCUGAAGCUCAGUUUUGGACGAUACUCAGCUGGAGGUCUGGCGUUUGCAAAAAACAAGGAUUUAAUAACCCAGAAUUUUAGUGAGUCCCUUAAUCUCUCCAAUUACAUAAGUCCUAGCCUAACUGGUAAGAAAUCCAACGAAAUCAUCCUGGGGGGUUUGAACAGUCUGAAAUCGGCAGCGACGACUGUCGUAAAAAAAUUCGACGAAAUAAAAGAGGCGAUAUCGGCAACUAGCACCCCAGUUAAAUCAAAAGAUCGUGACCAGCGUCUCGGUUACGGUGUCUCUCACGAGUCCUUGGAUUCAUUGACAGAUGGAUCCCAGCAGGAUCGUAAUGAAUUAACUACUAGAACGUCGGGCGACUCUGGUAUUGAGGGACUUGGCUCUCUUUGUGAACUAGCGGACUGCAUGUAUCCAAAAGGAUCUCGAGAAUUUGACGAACGUCCAGCAGUGGAACUUGUGAUCUGCAGUGCUAGCAGGUGUCACCAUUGUAUGGCCAUCAUCUAUGAUGAAGAGAUAAUGGCUGGGUGGAAGCCCGAGGACUCUAAUUUAAAUACAAUCUGUCAAUUUUGUGGAAAGGCCACGGUUCCUCUUCUCACAGUUCUCAUUCUGGAUUACAGAUGCGACGAGGGAGAAAAGAUCAACGAUCCUUUGACCGGUGUCCUGGUUGAACUUCUUGAUCAGCCGAAAGAAUUAGCAGAACCUAUUACAGUCCCUUAUUUAAAUCCUCUCGUGCUACGAAAAGAAUUGGAAAAUGUGUUAAGUCAGGAGGGUGACACUUGCUUAACAAAGCACCGAUUUAUACAAGAGCAUCCUAUAGUCUAUUGGAAUUUGAUUUGGUAUUUCGAGAGGAUAAAUCUCAACAGCCAUCUACCCGAGUUGUGGUUGAACAAUGAUAGAGUCAAGGAUUUAUCCAGUAAUUCGAGUUCAGUGAGUGUAAGAACGCUAUGGGACAAUGAGAAACUGCACAUGAAUCAUUUACCAAUGUAUCUACAGUGGAAACAGUGUGUCGAAGAUCGAACGCUGAUGAAGAACGUUAUUGACAAUGUUCGUCGUAAUAACUUGACAGAACCAAUCAAACGUGUGGCCUUACAGAGGAGUAAAGCCGAAACGGCUGAACUAACACCAUUUUCUAUAUACAGAGAUAUUUUGUUUUUGGCCUUUACAGUACUUGGAAGGGGAAAUAUUGACCAAGGUGUAUUUGAUCGUCAAUACAUAACUGCUUUGGAGAGUCUAACUGAACACGAGGGAAAAUUACGCAGCAUCGAUGCCGCCCCAUCCGCAAUGACGUUGUAUUGUAGAUCUUACUUCAAGCAGUUGAACAUAUAAUACACAUAAAAAAAAAAUAAGUUCAAUUGAAAAGUAAGAGUGGAUCACGACGUCUUUUUUUUUAACUAUCCGAAGUACGGAGUGUAUGAGAAACUCAAGGGAAGAUGUCUCUCGUCGUUUGAAACCAGAAAUGGUCCCCUGUAAGUUUAGAAAAAAAAAACUAAGUAUUAGUUAAGUGCAAUAGGAAGAAAA